GGCGACGUGUCCACUCCGCUCACACGGCCCUCGCUCCUCCACAGCCACAGAGCCGGAGACUCCAAACUCGUGGUUACCAUCUCGGCACCUCGUCGGAGAACAGAGCAACCUGACACUGCCCGAGCAAGGGGAAGAAGAUGGCCUCGUCCGCCUCCUUGCUCCACCCUUCCACGCUCGCUCCAGCCUCCUCGCCGCGCUUGCCUCGACGAGUGCCCGCCCCGGCGCUGCUCGGCCUCCGCUCCAGCCCCCGCCGUCCCCGCGGCGUCUCGCUGACAGUGGCCACCGCCGCGUCGCAGGACGUCGAGAAGGCGCCCUCCUCGUCGCCCCCUCCGCCGCCGGAAGAAUCCUCCGGCCUAUCGGCCGUGGCGGAGAGCGUGAAGGUGCUCAAGGAGGCGGCCAAGACGAGGAAGGUGCCGGCCGCGGAGGUGCUGGCGGCGCUGGCCAGGAUCAAGAAGGCCAAGCUCGACACGUCCACCUUCUUCGAGACCCUCGGCGGGACCGAGUCCCCCGGCAGGACAUGGAUGCUCAUCUUCACCGCGCAGGGUAGUAAGCUCGAGAAAGGCAGCUACUUCCCGGUGACCGCCGUCCAGCGCUUCGACGCCGCGGGACAGAGGAUCGAGAACGGCGUGUACCUGGGCCCGGCGGGGAGCCUGACCUUCGAGGGGCGGCUGUCAUGGAAGAAGAAGAUCCUGGCCUUCGUCUUCGAGCGGAUCUGCGUCAAGGUCGGUCCGCUGCCCUCCCUGGAGAUCCCCUUCGGCGGCGGCGACAAGAGCAGGGAGCCGAGCACCAAGGACCCAUUCUUCCUGUGGUUCUACGUGGACGAGGAGAUCGCCGUGGCGCAGGGCAAGGGCGGCGGCACCGCAUUCUGGUGCCGCUGCAAGCGCGUCCCGGCAUGACGACCAAGGUCUUGAAACAUCAGAAGCUCCCUCUCUUUCUCUAGUCUAUGGCCAUUGUUUUGAUGUUCUUCAGCUUACUGUGCACAACUAUGUAGACGGAUGACCAAAUAUUCGAACGAUGAGAUGAUACUACUUGCUCGUGCGUAGUUCUUUUUUUUUUUGUAAUGGAGGACUUUUUGUAUGUAUAAUACGUAAGCUAUUUUGAAAAAAAAACAAAGCUAUAUCGAUAGCUUUUGUAGAA